AUGGAGGUUGUAGACGAGCUUCAGGGACUUCAGCGGGUCAUGCUCCCACGCGAACUUCAGGCGCUCGGUCAAGGUCUCCGACAGCGUGUCGGGGAUGACGUGGAAGAAGAAAUCAAGACAGGGAUUGCCCUUCAGAGGAAGGUCGGCGAGAAAUUAUCCACUUUCAGCGGCGGACUUCGAUCAAGCACGUGCCGGCAGGAGUCAGAGCGGCGGCCAAGACGUUUGUACAAAAUCGACGGUAGCUCGUGGUUCAACAACAAAAUCAGCGGCGUUGGCGAAAUGGACGAAGAGGAGACUAAAACCCUGGUAUCUUCGUUCUCAACGAACUCCUUCAGCACCAGGAGGAGGGAUGAGGAGUGGUAG